UCCUCGUUCGGAUUAUUCGCGCCGACAUAUUUCACGUUCAGAAUAUAGAGAGAGAGAUGCCUAUUCUCGCGAUCGAGAACCCCUUCCUGAUACUUACCGUGAUUUAGAUCGCCCUAUGGAAGAACCCUAUUAUGAACGUCGUAGAUCUCGCUCGCCAACUGGAAGAGAUAGAGACAGAGAGAAAUAUGAACGUCGAGAGAGAAGAUCUAGAUCUCCCUUAAGAGACCGAGAUAGGGAUAGGUAUCGGGAACGUGAUAGAAAAGAACAUACCGUUCUCGAUCACGUUCGCCCGGUGGCAGAAGAG